CCUUUCCUCUUCCCCUCUUACCAAAAAUCUCAACACAAACACAACAAAAACCAAAUCCAUAUCUAGAGAGAGAGAGAGAGAGAGAGAGAAUUGAAGAUCCAGAAACAUGAUAGGAGAGAUGAUGAACCUGAAGGAGACCGAGCUCUGCCUCGGCCUCCCCGGAAGUGGAGGAGGAGAGGCGGAGGCGGUGGUGGAGAGUCCAGCAAAGGCGGCGACGGUAGGGAACAAGAGAGGUUUCUCUGAGACAGUUGAUCUGAAGCUGAAUCUUCAGACAAACGAGGAAGGCCGAGUUGUGGAUCUUAACGCUGGUGAUCCCAAGAACUUUGCCGGAGCAACCAAGGACAAGAAUAAGCCUCCUGCUAAGGCACAAGUGGUGGGGUGGCCGCCGGUGAGGAACUACAGGAAGAACAUGAUGGCUCAGCAGAAGAGCAGCAGUGCCGUGGAGGAGGAGAAGGCCUUCGUGAAGGUCUCCAUGGACGGAGCUCCUUACCUAAGGAAGGUCGACCUCAAGAUUUACCAGUGCUACCAAGACCUCUCUGAUGCUUUGGCCAAAAUGUUCAGCUCCUUCACCAUGGGGAACUACGGAUCACAAGGGAUGAUAGAUUUCAUGAAUGAGAGCAAGUUGAUGGAUCUGUUGAACAGUUCUGAGUAUGUGCCAAGCUACGAGGACAAGGAUGGUGACUGGAUGCUCGUGGGAGAUGUUCCAUGGCAAAUGUUUGUGGAGUCAUGCAAACGCUUGCGUAUAAUGAAAGGAUCCGAAGCUAUAGGACUUGCGCCAAGAGCUAUGGAGAAGUGCAAGAACAGAUCUUGAACCAACAAGAACUACCCAAGAUCAGAUCAAUGAAAGAAGACAAUAUGGGUUUUUUUUUACAAGUUUAUUUGUAUUUUGUUGAUUUCAUGUGACUUUUUUUUUCCAGAUGUGUCUGUAAUUUUUAAGAUUUGAUGGAUAUAUAGGCAUAGUAUUUAUUACCUGAAAGAUGUGAACUUACAAUCUCUGUGUUUGUGUCAUAUAUAUUGCCGAACAUGUGUCUUUUUUAAUGACGAUCAAUCUUUACGUACA